AUGGAAGAAGACGAGCUGGAAAUGCAUUUGAUGACAAUCAAAGAUGAGAACCUGAAGCUCACUCUGCAAUUUGGUAUUGGAAUGCAUCAUGCGGGUUUGUCAACUUCCGAACGUGGCGUUGUUGAACAGCUUUUCACGGACAAGAAAAUCCAAGUUCUCGUUGCUACUUCUACGCUAGCGUGGGGUAUCAACAUGCCAGCUCAUCUUGUAAUCGUCAAGGGAACAGAGUAUUUCGAUGGAAAAUUGUGUAAAUACGUUGAUUAUCCUGUAACCGAUGUUUUGCAAAUGAUGGGCAGAGCUGGAAGACCUCAGUAUGAUAACUCUGCUGUUGCUGUUAUUUACGUCCAGGAUAACAAGAAGCAGUUCUAUAAGAAGUUCCUGUACGAGCCUUUCCCCGUGGAAUCGAGUAUGCUACCUGUACUGGCUAAUCAUGUCAAUGCUGAAAUCAAUUCGGGAACAAUCUCUACUAAACAAGGAAUUAUGGAGUAUAUCUCAGGCACUUACUUCUACAGAAGACUGUUUGCUAACCCGAAUUUCUACGGUCUCGAAAAUCCAAGUGAAGAGGCUUUGAUAACAUUUUUAACGAACGUUGUAGAUCAGGUCAUGGCUGACUUGGUAGAAUCGAAAUGUAUCAUUAUCGAUGAGGAAGAGAACAGCAUUAUGGCAUCACCAUUCGGAAGAUUGGCAUCGAUAUACUAUUUGAAGCAUGAAACUAUUCGAUACCU